CAGUCAUGAUAUUCUUAUUGCAAUGCAACAUGGAUAUAAAGUAUGUAGGGUCGGGAGAAGCUGCCAAAGCUCUUGUGUUUUACAUUACUGAUUAUGUGACAAAACUCGAUCUUCAGCUGCAUGUUGGCAUGACGGCACUCGACUACGCCGUGAAACGAUACACGGACAAGUACGUCAACGAUGCCGAGACACCGUUGCGAUCCCGGGCUCGCAACCUUUGCACAGGCGGAGAUCGUUACACGAGCCACUCCUUUGAGAGGGUACGAUUGUAUGAAUUUGAUCAGUCAUUGUGGCGAUGGGAGACGUCAUCGUUGACCCAUUUUUCCUUGGACGAGCGCGACGGUGUCGUUGUGAGUAGCCAUUUGAAGAACUACCAGUAUCGCGGGAUAGAACACGAGUUCGCUCGGUUGUCCCUGUACGACUUCGCUGCAUCCGUCCGGAUUUUUCAAAUGACAAAGCAUGAGCAGCUUGCGUUCGGUAUAGUGCGCAACGGCGCAUCGGGCGAACGCGUAGACGAGGUUGCUGAAGAUGCCAACGCUGAGUUCGACAGAAAUCAAGAUAAUGGUAUUCACUCUGCAGGAGGUCGGGUCCGCUUCUCAGACCCUGCGCACCCUCAGUACAACUCACAUGUAAUGGCGCUUCGAGGCAAACGUUCUGUUCCUGUUCUCCUGUCUCGUGAUCUCCCAAAGAGGUCCGGCCCAAAUGCCGACGAGGAGAAAUACUGCAGAAUAUUAUUGUUGCUAUUCAAACCGUGGCGUACCUUCGUUGACUUGAAGGGAGGUCAUCACACAUGGGUGGAUGCACAUAACGCCCAUACCUUUGGACCGUUUGAGUCGCAUGUUAUACAAAACCUAGACGUGAUGAAUGAGUGUGCUGACGCCAAGGAGGUGUAUGCAAAAAAAAACCAUUCCGAACUUGGCCAAGAACUUCAACAGAUGGGAUUUGACGUCGAUCAGCUCGACAACCGUCAUCUGUUCGAGGCAACAUUACUGUCGGAUCCGUACAUCGUCAAUCCAGGCGAUGAAGAUCUGCCAGAUGAUGCGUUAGACAAUGCCCUUGAAAAUAGUCUACAUACGACAAACAGCGGUGCAGACGCGACUGAACAUGCUCGUAGAACUCACGGCCUCCAACAGGCCGCGUCCGCAGGAUUGUUUUCGACAACACAACACGCAGAAACUCAACAGACUGCUAGUCCCUCGCUGUUGGAGCCUGGAGACGUGCCGAUGUUGAAGUCCCAGGACAAAUCGAUGAAGACUCAUCGGAAAAGGAAGCGGCCCGAGUUCAUUCAGGCGACCGAGGAGGAGAGAAAUACCCGCCCCCGAGCCGAUACCGAGUCCUUCCUCCCUUCUACCACCGUUCAGGAGCUCUCAGUUGAUGUAGCGGGAGAGUUUCUUCCACACCAGCCUAGUAUGCUCCCUAACGACGUGAAGCAAUCCAUCAUCGAAUCUGUAAUCGAAUCCUUUCACCUCCGUGAGAAUCCCGAGCAGCUGCAAGCAUUCUUGACUGUUGCAGAGCAUUACCUCUGGCGGAAGCCAGAACAGCUGUUGAUGUUCAUGAGUGGAAUAGGAGGAUCAGGGAAAUCACAUGUUAUUCGUGCGGUUGUAGAUCUUUUCCGUCGCUGCGGCACUCUGGAUCAGUUGCUGCUGUCUGCCCCGACGGGAUCUGGCUCUGAAUUCCGAUUCAAGGUUGAAGACCUCGAAAAGAUAUGGCGAACUGUUUGGUAUCUCAUUAUAGAUGAGGUUUCGAUGAUUGGUGCAAAGCUGCUUGCCCAGAUCUUUUGGUGGGGUUCACGUCAUAUUUGCUGGUGACAUGGGACAGCUCCCUCCUCCCAAACAAUCGUCGUUGUUCGCAUACUCCCUUGUCAAAGAAAUCAGACCAUCGUUGUCGAGCUCAAACAAAACAUGCGGGCACGUCGUGACCCCAUGUUCAUAUCCCUGCUAAACCGAAUACGAUUGGGCCGCCCAGCUAAGAUUGGGAAUGCAGAUGGCUUGCCUGCAGACUUCGUUACUCUGAAUGCACGCG